ACUCAGAAUUGAACAAUUUUCAUGUUACAUCAAUUUUUUUAUUUUCAUCUCAUUUCUGUUUUUAUUUUGAUUAAUUGUGUCGUAAUUACUGUGCUUCAAAUUAACUAAUUGUCUGUUCUAAAAAUUUUCUCUCUUUACUUGGGGUAUGAUAUUGACUCUUUUUAAUUCACACUAAUUUUAUCUCAAGUUGUUUAAUAUUGUGUUUUACUAAUCUCAUCAUCAUCAUCAUCAUUAUUCAUCAUCGUGAUGAUGUUGAUGAUGAUGCUCAUUAAUUGGACCAGUUGAAUCAGUUCCAGUUUACCAGUUAUCCUCUUCUCUUUCAUCCCUUUUUUUUAAAAAAAAUUCUAUUUUACUGCAAAUGGCAAUGUAUCCUGACAAUCCAUUUGUCAAUGACGGAUGUAAGAAACAGCCCGAUGAAAAGUCCAGUGAACCAACCGAGGAAAAAAUAACAGAACAGUCCAACGAGAAUGUAACAGAACAGCCAAAUGUAAAGGUAGCAGAACAGUCUGAUGAAAAGGUUGUUGUUGAUCAACAACAACAACAACAACAACCAACAGUCAUGGAGAAAACUGAAACAGAGAAACCAGUGAAAAAUGGUAACAAUAAUCAUGUGGAAGAUAGUGAUGAUGGAGAAGAUCAAAUAAAUGCAGCCGAAUCAUCUCCCGAUGGGCGAUUUCUUAAAUUUGAACAAAUUGGCCGUGGAUCAUUUAAAACAGUCUAUAAGGGUUUGGAUACCCAAACUGGAGCCGCUGUGGCCUGGUGUGAGCUUCAAGAAAGUCUAUCUAAAUGUGAGAGACAACGAUUCCGUGAGGAAGUUGAAAUGCUUAAAGGUUUACAACAUUUCAAUAUAGUGAGAUUUUAUGAUUAUAUAGAGGUUAAUACGCCAAACCGAAAGUGUCUAGUCUUAAUAACGGAACUGAUGACCUCUGGUACCCUUAAAACAUACUUAAAACGUUUUAAAAAGAUAAACAUUAAAGUGUUAAAAUCUUGGUGCCGUCAAAUUUUAAAAGGAUUAAACUUUUUACAUUCACGAACACCACCAAUCAUUCAUAGAGAUCUUAAAUGUGACAAUAUAUUUAUUACCGGUACUAAUGGUUCAGUUAAAAUUGGUGAUCUUGGACUUGCAACAUUAAAAAAUCGUUCAUUUGCCAAAAGUGUUAUCGGUACACCAGAAUUUAUGGCACCCGAAAUGUAUGAAGAGCAUUAUGAUGAAUCGGUUGAUGUUUAUGCUUUUGGAAUGUGUAUGCUGGAAAUGGCCACAGGAGAAUAUCCAUAUUCAGAGUGUUCCGGUCCAGCGCAAAUAUAUAAGAAGGUGACCUCAGGUGUACCACCGGCAAGUUUUGAUAAGGUAGAGAAUCAAGAAAUUCGUGAUAUAAUUGGAAUGUGCAUUAGAUUGGAUAAAAUGGAAAGACCAACGGUUAAAGAGCUUCUUCAAAUGGACUUUUUCCAAGAGAAUACUGGAUUUAAGGUUGAAUUUGUUAACGAAGAGGAAAGUAUUAACAGUUCGAGUAAUAAGAUUGAAUUCCGGUUAAUUGUUACCGAUCCCAAAAAGAGAUCAGAUAAAUACAAGGAAAAUGAAGCAAUACAGUUUUACUUUGAAAUCGAUAAGGAUAACGCGGAUGAGGUCGCAUUGGCCCUUGUGGCAACGGGUUUCCUGAUGGAGGAAGAUGUUCGUACGGUCGCUUUAUUGAUUCGUAAUCAGUUGAGCACUUUACUUCGUAAUCGACAGCAGAAAUUAAAUAAAGCCAUGCAAGAAGCAGCCAAAGAAGCUCAAGAAACUCAGAAUGCUCAGAAUGCUCAGGAUACUCAAGUUUGUUUUCAACAAUUAGCUCAACAACAGCAACAAAUGCAACACCAACAACAGCAUAUAGAAAAUUUAAAACAAGAGUUACAUAAAUUAACAACCUUAUUAGUUAAUAGUAAAUUAAAAGACGCAGAAACUCAAACUGAAUCUAAAUUAUCAACCGAUGUUGGUGUAAAUACCAAUCCAGUUGUGAUCAUGGGAGAUGCUGGUAAAUGAUGAGGAUGCUUUUUAAAGUGAUGCUGUUUCUUUUUUCUGUCAACAACCACAACAACCACAUCAACAACAUCAACAACAACAACACCCACACACCCACACACACACACAUACACAUCCACAUAUAAACAAACACACACGCACACGAGGGAUUCAACCAUUAACCACAACACAGAUGAAUACAUAUGAUAGAAGAUGAGAAGAAACUAAAGUGAUCUAAUUACUAAUCAUCGUCAUCGCCAGUAAUCAAAUUGCGAGAAAACUUUUUCGAACAUUUUUGGACUAAAAAGCGAAAUUUUCGACCGGAAAAUGAAAAAAAGAAUUUUUUAUAUUUAAUAAGUUCCAACAAGAAAAAGUAAUGGUUGGUGAUUAAAGAAGAAAAAAAUUAGUCGAUCAUUUGAAAUGAUCAACAAUUUAAAAUUCUAUGUGUGUGUAUUAAUUUGGCAAAAGAAAAAGUUAAUUAAUUGAAAUUUGCUUUUCUUGCAUGAUAAUUAAUACACUCUAAUUUAGACAAUCAAGAUUACCCUUUUUAAACAAUUAAAAUUUAUAAAUAGUUAUACAAACAAUCAA